CUCCGAACUGUAUCAGUAAUCCGCAAGACGUUACAGCAGCCAUGGCAUUCAAGUUCGUCGCCCUCUUCGCCCUCGUGGCCGCCGCCAACGCCGGAGUUCUGGCCCCCGCCCCCCUGGCCUACCACGCGGCCCCCGCCUACGGCUACGCCGCCCCGAUCGCCAAGGCCGUCGUCACCAAGACCGUCGACGCCGACUACGACCCGAACCCCCAGUACAGCUACUCCUACGACGUCCAGGACUCGCUAACCGGGGACAACAAGGAGCAGCACGAGACCCGCGACGGAGACGUCGUCCACGGUGGAUACUCGCUCAUCGAAGCUGACGGAACCCGCCGCAUCGUCGACUACACCGCCGACCCCGUUAACGGAUUCAACGCCGUCGUCCGCAAAGAGGGCGCUGCCGUCGCCGUCAAGACCGUCGCUGCCCCCGUCGUGGCCAAGUACGCCGCCCCCAUUGCCCACGCUCCACUCGCCUACGCCGCCCCCAUCGCCAAGUACGCCGCUCCCUUGGCCUACUCCACCUAUGGAGCAGCACCCAUCGCUAAGUACGCCGCCCCCGUUGCUCACGCCGCCUACGCCGCCCCCUUCGCCAAGUACGCCGCCCCCCUUUCCUACUCAGGAUACGCUGCCCCCACGGCUCAUGUCAGCUACUCUGCCCCCGGCUACGCUUACCAUCAUUAAGCCGAACGUUUUUGUAAUUAGUGAUAUUUAACGAUGCACAAUUUUUAAAUAAAACGAAAUACUCUUACAUA